AUGAUGCAAAACACUUUUCAAUUCCAAUGGCCUAAUCUGGGCUUGUUUAUGUUUGCAGGCGUGCAUCCUUACAUUAAAUACAAUGAAUCGGGAGACAGAAUAAUCGAAUGCUGUGAGUGUGGCGAAACAUUUGAGUUGACUGCCCAUCUUCUUAAUCACCUCAGGGUGGACCAUGAUCGUGAUGAUGAUAAAGCAGUACAUUGCAAAGAAGAUGGUUGUGAUUAUAAAUGUGCAGGAUUCUAUACAUUUGGUUUCCACCUUGGGUCUCAUUUCGAGCAGAUAUUUCGAGUAAACUGUCAAGAGUGUGGAGCUAGUAUGAAAAGCACGCAUAGCCUCAAGCUGCACAUAAAGCAUGUACAUAGUGAAGUAAGGGAUCACAUGUGUACUGUAUGUGGUAAAGCCUUCAAGAGAGGGAACCAACUAAAGGAGCACUUCCAGGUUCACAUGGAAGACAUAGAGAAGACCUUUAAUUGUAGAACAUGUGAUAAGAAAUAUGGAAGUCGAUAUAAACUUCUCCGUCAUGAAAGAACACAUAACAAACCAUAUCAUUGUGAGAUAUGUGGACAAAGUUUUGCACGUAUGGAACAUAUGACCAAUCACAAAGCCACUCACAAUAAAGCAUUUAAGUGUGAAAAAUGUGACAAAUUGUUUUCUCUCCCUGAUCAGUUAAAGAAACAUCUUGAGGCACAUGAAAAAUACUUCAAGUGUGAAAAAUGUGGCCAAGAAUUUAACACUGCAAGUAAAUUUAGCAAACAUUUAUUGCUACAUGAGAAACAUCCUGAUAAGGUAGAUUCAGAAAAAUAUAAAAAAUAUGGAUGUUCUAGGUGUGAAAAGAGAUUUGCAAGUAACAAAUUAUUAAGACGUCAUAUUGCAAGGCAUAAUGACGCCACUUAUCACUGUGAAAUAUGUAAGAGAAUGUUCACAUGUAUGGAGUAUUUAAACCGACAUAAUAAGAGAACACACAAUAUAACCAAGCUACUACAAUGUGAAAUGUGUGAUCUAACUUUCUCACAAGCCAUUCGGUUAGCUCAACACAUGAAAAAACAACAUUCCCUUGAAAGUAAUGAAAUCGUGAAGGAGAUAGAAGUAUCAGAUAUGUUUACAUGUUCAGUAUGUAAUGCAAAGUUUAGUUGUAGAAAAGACUUGCAAGAACAUAUAAGUGCUCAUAUUCCUGUUGAUAACACUCCAAUGAUGGGUCACUAUGGGUUCCCUCCAAGAGCCCAUAUGGGGCACAUAGCUCAAGUUCACCCUAGUGGGACUGGGAUAUAUACUCUACUGGUUGAUUCAGGAUCAACAACUACAUCCAAAAACAUAACACCACAAUAUUAA